UGGAUAAUACACACAGUACUCUGCUUAUGAAAGUGCUGUCCUGGGCCUUUCUGUGUUCUCAAAUGUUCAGAAGAAGCAGAUCUGUAGAGACAGGAGGAAGAGUCACGGUGGCCUCUAGGUGAAGGGGGAGGGGACAAGUGAGGACUGGCAGCGAAUGUGAUAAAAAUGGCCCGGAAUUUGAUUGUGGUGAUGGCUAGAUAGCUCCCUGAACACACUGAAGCCACUGCAUUGUAUACUUCAAGCGGUGAAUGAUGUGGAAUGUGAAACGUGUAUCAGCAAAGCUGUUGAGAAUACCAGCAGGGGGAAGGCCUGGGAGGUACUGAGUCUCUGGAGGGUGGGGAAGCCAGACUGAUGAGGGCCUGUGCCAAUAGAUACUUGGUGAAGACUGCUGUUGAACCUUGUGCACUCCAGGCAUCAAGGCAGAGGGCAGAGUAAAUUCCAAGGCUCCCGACAUCGCUUGAGCACUCAAGGAAUGGAAUGAGCCCCGAGGACAUGGGACAGUCGGAUGGGGCCUUGCAUGGGCUUGUGUUUCUAGAGGGAAGGAAGCCAGGCAGUCUUAACAGUGGCUAUCACUCUAGCACACUCCUGCCCUCACCAUGGGUUUUCUCUUUCCAUAACACUUAGGAAAAUGGAGGUCCCAGAGUCACAGCCCUGCACUGUUUGGUCCCUGCGAUAAAGUGCUUUUUGAUAACCUUUCAUUUUGUCUUGGAUUUCUGGCAGUAGCAUGACUAUUAUCUUGCCCUUACCAUUGAGCGCCUCCCUACUGCCCCUGCAGGUUAUUUCAUGCUUUUUAUCGUCACAGAGAAGGCAUUUAUUGUGAGCACAGUGGCACCUCGACUAGGUAGUUUGAAAUCUGCAGGCAGUUGUUGUCAAGUGUGCUGAGCCUUCUGUCCUGUGCAACAGGAGAACUGAUCCCUUUACACCAGACUCAGCCGCCCCCCUUCACUCCUCCUGCAGACCCUUGCUAGGCACUGCUGACUAAUAUUCUGUUCCUUUUAGGACAGGAUCUUCCUCUAUAGUGCAGGCUGGCUGGAGCUCACACUGUAGGGUAGGCUGGCUUUGGAUUCCCACCAUUCCUCCUACCCCUGCCUCCUAAGUGCCUGACCUGUACUUUGAGAAGAACUUGCUAGCUUUUACAUUGAUUAUGCAUAUUCUCAUGGAAAUGACAUACGUCUAAGGUAACUGACAUGCCAGUCAUCCUGAUUUGUUCACCACACAUUAUAUCUGUGUUUUGUGGUGUCACAGUGUACCUCCAAAACAUGUACAGUUACCACGUUUCAACUAAAACCAAGUGAAAAUAUGCAGUGUUUGUCUUCUCUGCCUUAUUUCUCUUUCAUUGGCCUCCAUUUCCCUCUGUCGCUGCAGGCGACAGAUUCUAUCCUGUAACUGCUGUCUAGUGUUCCACUGUGUGCAUGUACUGUGGCUUUUGCAUUUGUCUGUUGGUGUGUGCUGAGGCUGACUGCAUGCCUUAGUGAGCUGUGUCCCAGUAGAUAUGCCGAGCCUCCCGUGCCCUUCUCAAGUCCCUCUCUGUGCACACCCAGCAGGGAGGUGUCACAUUGUGAGGGCUCCUUCUAGUUUUUGAGAGUCCCACACUGUUUGUUAAUGGCUAAUUAUUGGUGGCUGAUUAAUUAAAGUAUUAAUAUAACUAAGUCCUAAUUUGUGUCCACCAGCCACAUCGCCUGCAAGAGUUCUCACACCAGUGCAUCAGGUUCUAGCUGUCUUGUUGCUAAUUCUAGUAUAACCUGCGUGAGGCGAUGCCUCGUUAUUCAUUCAUGUGUCACUCAUUUAUCUAAUCUUUUAAGAACUCUCUUAAGCCAAUGUCCACACAGGUCACUUGUUCAUUUCUAAAUGGAACUUUUUUCUUGCUUGUUUCUUUUUUGCUGUUGACAUGUUUAAGACCGUUCAUGACUUAAUAAACUCCCAACCAGUAAAGAGACUCUCAGGUAUUCUCUUCUGUUUUGUGGGCUGUGUCUGUCUGUCUGUCUGUCUGCCUGUCUCUCUCUCCCUUGUUUCCUUUGCUGUACAGAAUACCAUUUGUCAAAUUUUGCUUUUGCAGCUUAUUUUUUGGGGAGUCCUAUCCAAAACAUAAUCUUUCUCCAGACCUGUGCCCUGAAGCACUUCCUGUGUUUUCACAGUGGUUGUGUAGUUUUGGGUUUGUGUUUAAGUCUUUGACCUAUUUUGAAUCGAUUUUUAAUUCAUUCUAUUUCUAUCUAUAUCUAUAUCUAUCUAUCUAUCUAUCUAUCUAUCUAUCUAUCUAUCUAUCAACAGUCUGUCUGUCUGUCUGUAUGUCUAUUUUGUGUUUGUUUUUGAGGCAUGGUCUCACUCUAUAGCCCUAGAAUCCUGGGACUCAGGUUGGACUCCAACUCACAGAGAUUCACCUGCCCAGUCUCCUGAGUGCUGGGAUUGGAUCCGUAGGCGUUGACUUUUCUUUUAAGUGUGUGUGUGUGUGGGGGGGGGGUGGUGGUGGUGAAGGAAGAGAGAGAGGGAGGAGAGAUUGAUUUUUCUUGUUUUGUCUGAUGUUCCGAAAUUCAUUUAGUGAUGAGACUUUAUGUAAUGUAUGUUCUUGUUGCACUUAUUGACAGUCUGGUUGUAGAUAGACUGAUUCUUAGAUUCCUUAGUCUGUGUCAUUGCUCUGUGUGUCUUGUUUUUAAUUCCAGUAUCAUGCUGGAUUUGUUUGGUUUUUUUGAAUUUUGAUUUUUUUUUUGUAGUAUUAUUACUGUUGCUUUGUAGUGGUUUUUGUUUGUUUGUUUGUUUGUUUGUUUGUUUUUUAAGACAGGGUUUCUCUGUGUAGCCCUGGCUGCCUUGAAACCUACUCUUUAGACCAGGCUGGCCUUGAACUCAGAGAUCUACCUGCCUCUGCCUCCAAGUGCUGAUGAUAUUAAAGGCCCAUGCCACCAUCUCCAGGCUUUGUAGUAUGUUUUUAAAGCCAGGUAUUAGAGCCUCAAGAUUCUUUUCUUUUUACUCAGGAGAUUUUUUUCAUUGUUAGCAUGCGGCAGCUGCAGCAGCUGGCCUGCCCUCUUAUUACAGUUGAUGUGUAGGGGUCUGGCAGAGUGCUGAGGGCAAUACCAGAGUGUAUGAAACCAGUGAGAUACAGGGCUCUGGGCCCAGUGACAAGUGCAUGGCUGUCUCUUGCCUUGAGUACUCUCCCCUUCUACUGUGGCUGAGGUGGGAGCCAAUUUCAGUGGGUUUCCCUGAUUGUGCUUUCUUCUCUUUCUGAGAAGUAGAAAUGCUUUCUUAGUUAGUGGGACAUAGUGGUACACUUCUUCAGUCACAGCACUUGAGAGGCAGAGGCAGGAGGAUCUCUGUGAGUUCAAGGCAGAAGUCUGAUUUACAUAGUCAGCACCAGGCCAGCCAGGAUUAUUUAGAAACCCUGUCUAAAACAAAUAGGCCCUUUUAUCGUGUUAGUUAUAUGCAUCAGUUUAGACACAGGCACCUAGGCUUUUCCUUUCCCUUCGGUUUACCUGUAGUCCUGCACAGUCCACUGUUGUAGUACAGUUUACCUGUAGUCCUGCACAGUCCACUGUUGUAGUACAGUUUACCUGUAGUCCUGCACAGUCCACUGUUGUAGUACAGUUUACCUGUAGUCCUGCACAGUCCACUGUUGCAGCUGUUGCACAUUCCCACCAGGUGUUGGCUGACAGUGACCCAGGGGCCAAAAACUACCCGCCACCUAGUUUUUACAAAUGAAUUUUUUUUUCUUUUUUUGGCAAACACCCUCACUCCUUGUUUAUGUGUUAGCUCUUUGCAUUCGGGCUGUAGUGGCCAAGCACUUGUGGACACAGAGUCUGCCCCCUAGAGUUUCUCUGCCUCUGCACCAUGCUUCAUGUUGAUAACUGAGGAGGAAGUGCUUGACAGGGCCAGCAUCUUCCUUCUCAGAUUGGUUCCAAGCCUUCCCUUCCUCUCUCCUCCUAUGUUUUCCCCAGGGGUAGGAAAUGGCUGUGGGGGAUGGGUGGGCAUAAAAGGGUGGGGUGUGUGAAAACUGCAGGGCAGUCAGAAUAGGAAUUUGAUUGCCUUUAAUUUGUAGUUUUCUGAAGACAGAAGCCAUUGCUUCAUAAUGUUGGCACUUUCCCCUUCCAGAAAUAACCAUCUCUACGAUGACAUCUGUCACCAGACUUGAUUGUUUCUGCAUUCCUGUCUCACAUUUUGAAGUUUAUUCCUGUAUGUCUUAUUGCUUUUUGAUGCUAUUAUAAUUGAGAUCUCUCGAUUAUAUUUUAUAAUUGGCAUUAUGGUAGGAAGGAAGGGUUUUGCUUAGUGUGCAUUUAAAUUGCUUCUGACUCUUUUUUUUUUUUUUUAAAGAUUUAUUUAUUUAUUUAUUAUAUGUAAGUACUGUAGCUGACUUCAGACACCAGAAGAGGGCAUCAGAUCGCAUUACGGGUGGUUGUGAGCCACCAUGUGGUUGCUGGGAUUUGAACUUUGGACCUUCGGAAGAGCAGUCGGGUGCUCUUACCCACUGAGCCAUCUCACCAGCCCCUGCUUCUGACUCUUACGGGUAUAUAAACUAUUAGAACUUAAAUUGUUGUUAUUUGACGUUCGUGUCUGAAUUUACUACCCCAGAGCGUCUGAUUCCUAGUUCUCCUGUGUCACGUUGUAGAGUAGAGUUCUAUAUCUAUGGUGGUUAGUAGAGUGGUCUGUGUCCUCCCUUCCCUUUCAUCUUGCACAGAUCACGGCAAAUAGUAAUUAAACCAAAAAACAUUUUCAUACCCAGUCAGCAUUUAUUGGUGGUUUUGAAAACACCCAGAAGAUAAUGUUGGUGAGCUCUUUAUUAGACAGACUGUGUUUUGCAGAGCUGAUGGUUGCCUUAAUGCAGACUGUAGAGGGGUGCCUGUCACCUGCAGAGUCGGACCCCCUCUGCUCGCUGUGGAAAGCUGCGGAUCAUGGAGGACGCUUGACUUAGCCUCGUGUUUAUCCUUUGGAAUUGAAAGAUGAGCAGGUUUUUAUGAAUCAGUUAGUGCUUUCCUGACUGUGUUCUCUGUAAAGCGUUUGAUCUUUACCCUGACAUCUCUGCCUUAAGGAUGUGAAAUCUAUUUUAGAUUUCAAGGUCUAUUCCUUGCUCUGAGCACAGAACAGGUGAACCAUAAAUCCAAUCUCUGUUAACCUUUGUGAAGUUAUCUUUUAUUGCUAUUUUCUCCCUUUUUUUCCUUCUAAAUUCAUGUCUUCUUACACUGGGACGAAAGGGCCAUUCAUGUUAGUGGUUUCAUCUGCUUUUCCCUUUUCAGUCGCUGCCUUUUGAGUGCAGUGACAGCCUGUGGCUGUGGUAGGAAUGGGUAUGGAAGUGGAUAAUUGACAUAGUAUGUUGACUUGUGAAAUGAACCCUCUUAUUGCCUUUAGUGAAGUGCAGCUCCAUAUAGAGAGCUCAACUGUAAGCACUCUUGUCUGUUCCAGUGCAUGGAGAUUCGCUGGCGCCAUCGUUGUGUAUAUACACACACUUUGGGUAGAGCAGCGCUCUCCUAGGUUGUAGAGACAUCUCAGGCCGCUCACCUCAGUCACAGUGGAGCUCUGACUUUCGGGUCUUUGAUACAGGGCUGGUGUUAGAUGGAUGCUUUCUCUGAUUACUUGGUGGGGAGUUGAUAGUUUUUAUUGAGUCCUUACUGUAUUCUAGGUGUUAUGGUUGGGGCCCGACAUAUGUAGGCAUUGUGGUCGGCAGCCAGUUACACAGUUUCAUCUUUACCACACUAUACAGGAAGGACACCAUUUCAUUUUAUAGAUGAAAUUGAAAGCUGGGUUGAAUUAACUAAACCAGAGGGUUGGAGUUGAACCAACUUCUAGGCCCACAGGCCAGAAUGCAAAACCCAGUGGUACUUUUGGUAUGUGCCCUGUGGACUAAGCUGUAGUGGGAAGACAGGUGUGGAGGGGAUGGGGAGGGGUUUGUGGGCUGGUGUGAAAGACGCUCAGAGGCCAGGGCAGGCUGCAGUAGCUCAUGAAAGUCUGCGAAUUCAGUGUAAGGAGAGUUGCUUUCUUAUCUUGUGUGUCUUCCAUCUUUACUAUGGAAGAGGAAGGUUUAACAACCUCAGUUUGUUUUGACACUUACCCAAGGUCUGUCAUGGCCUGAACCACAGGCUUGAGAAGUGACAUAUGGUGGCCGCAGGGAUGCAUGUUAGAUGUUCCUAAACCUUUGACACAUCCUUUCUGGCUUCUCUUCUGUUGUCCUCUGUGGCAAGACAGGCCAUCGUCUCAGCUUUAGUUUAGGGUGGAUCUGUGGAGCAAAGUGAUAGUGGAAUGUGUUCACCCAUUUUCCUGUUCCUAAACAAAUAAAUACUAAGAUGGUUUUUGUGUUCCUUAGCAGCUGCAGAAGGGUAUGGACGCUGUGUAUUUCAGUUCCUCACAGCCUCUGCUGGUCUGUGUAAGCACCAUUGUUUCUGGCUUGGAGAACCCCGUCCACUUUUCUCAAGUAUAAACAUGAGGCGUUAUGGACACUGCACACGCAGGCACAUAUGCACCUGGGUGCUUGUGCUAAGUGGGUCAUUUGGAUAGAUCCUGUGCUGUGUACCUUAAGCCUGGCUGGAUUAUUCAGAUGCAAACAAUUAUCAGGGGGCUUAGCUUUUGUUUCUGUUUUUCUUUGUGUGUGUGUGUGUGUGUGUGUGUGUGUGUGUGUGUGUGUGUGUGUGAGUGUCUUUCUAAGACUGGGUCUUGAGCAUACCCUUACCUGCUCCGUGCUGCAGCAUACCUGGACGGGAGUCCAUCUUUAGGGCCCAUGUAGAGGUGAGGCCCUGCUCUGGCUGUCACUCAGCCCACACUGGUUCUGGAAGACAGUGAGAGUGACUUGAGAGCAGUGCAUGUGCACACAGGUGUCAUCUGUUCCUGUGCCCCCUUGUGAAUGUCAGGAUAUCUCGUUGCUUGGCUCCCAUCCUGGCAGGGCUGCUCAGGGAUGGAUUCCUAGUGCAAGUGAGCCUUUUUGCCAGAGAAUCCAGCCCAGCAGAUAGCUCACCGGGUGGCACUGACCGCUGGCUGUGUUCUCCAUGUCUGGUGCACGUCCCAAGUGAUAACUCAGUGAAGUGACUUACUUCUUUCUCCCUAGAAUGGUGUGAUUCUAGAAUAGAGAGUCUCUUUUCUAGGCCACUUUCAGUCUAACAUUUGUGAUAGGAAAGCAACAGAAUUAAUGCAAAUCCUGGUAUUUAUAAAAAUACUUAAUGCUUUUCCAGAUAUGAAAUUAUCAAUAACCAUUUAGCGCCUCUGUAUAGCCUGCAUAUAUGUAUGUGGACAUACUUUGUAAAAACGUGUCUGCAUGUGUGUGGUGCUAGGGAUUGACCUCGGGCCUCACUCACUCUGAGUUAGGACUCUACCACUGAGCUGCAUUCUCAGCUGUGGAAACCUUUGUGGCGGGAGAUUGCAAAGCCUGGCCUUGUACUGUAGUCGUGCUAUGCAAGAUUCUAGGACUGAGCAGCCGGUAGGGUCUCUCGUGCCCGACUUAGCACGCAGUCCUGAGGUGCUUAGAGGUGGGGGAUAUGGGGAUGGGUGCUCCUCUGUGCCGGGCUGCUUCUUUAUCUGCUUGCUUCAGGAGAGGUGGAGGGUGGUAGAUUCCUGUGAUAGAACCAUAUAACCUGAAGAAAUACAUUGUUAGCUUAUAAAGUGCUGGACACUGGGACACCAUUCUGUCAUUUUUCUGCCCUGGAGCGUGCUUAUUAUACCAAGAUUCUGGGAAAGGAUGGGAAAGCAAGCCUGUUUCCUCUGAGAUCUGAGCCAUCUUCUAUUUGCGUGAUCGUUUGAGUUCCUAACAUUAUUUAUAUCCUCCUAAGGAAUGCAGGUUGGCUGCUGGCAGGGUUUCCCGGCCACUGCGGUGUUUUCUUUUUACUGUAGAGCUGACAUGAACUCGCAUGGCUUUUAGCAUUUGGUUGGAGACUUGACUGUACUGUUGGAGCGUAUUCCUGGGGCUGGUUCAGUAGUUACGUGUCGCUGUUUCCUUACUUUCAGCUGAACUCUCAUCUCUCAACACUGGCAAGCAUUCAUAAGAUCUACCAUACCCUUAACAAGCUGAAUCUGACAGAAGACGUUGGCCAAGACGAUCACCAAACAGGAAGCCUGCGCUCUUGCAGUUCUUCGGACUGCUUUAGCAAAGUGAUGCCACCCAGGAAAAAGAGAAGACCUGCCUCUGGAGACGACUUAUCUGCAAAAAAAAGCAGGCAUGACAGCAUGUAUAGGAAAUACGAGUCAACUAGAAUAAAGACUGAAGAAGAGGCUUUCUCCAGUAAGCGGUGCCUGGAGUGGUUUUAUGAAUAUGCAGGAACUGAGGAUGCCGUAGGUCCCGAAGGCAUGGAGAAGUUCUGUGAAGACAUUGGUGUUGAACCAGAAAACGUAGUUAUGCUUGUCCUAGCUUGGAAAUUGGAUGCACAAAACAUGGGCUAUUUUACUCUACAGGAGUGGCUGAAAGGAAUGACUUCCCUACAAUGUGAUACAACAGAAAAACUCAGAACUACUUUGGAUUACUUAAGAUCAUUAUUAAACGAUACAACAAACUUUAAGCUCAUUUACAGAUACGCGUUUGACUUUGCACGGGAAAAGGACCAGCGCAGCCUAGACAUAAACACUGCCAAGUGCAUGUUGGGACUGUUAUUAGGAAAAAUCUGGCCCCUUUUUCCAGUUUUUCACCAAUUCUUAGAGCAAUCAAAAUACAAAGUGAUAAACAAAGACCAGUGGUGCAAUGUUCUGGAGUUCAGCAGAACGAUUAGUCUCGACCUCAGCAACUACGAUGAAGACGGAGCAUGGCCAGUUUUGUUGGACGAAUUUGUGGAAUGGUAUAAAGACAAGCAGAUGUCCUAGGACCUUAUGCCUGGCAGCGAGAGUCACUGUUCCCACGGUUAUGUCACCCAUUAGCCAUAAACUGCUGUCUGUAUGGAAGCGCAUGCUGCUUUUCUUGCACCGCCAGCCUCUUGCAGGCAGGCGUGUCUCGGUGUUUGCUAUUGAAUGGGCCGCCCUGCUUGAUGUAGCAUUGUUCUCUUGGAGGCUGCUCUGCAGUUCGUUUUCACACUACAGAUUGGUGAAUUUGCCAACGUCCUCACUGUGAUUAUGUGUAUAUUGCUGUUUAAAUUUUGUAUAUGUGUAUAAAAUGAAAAGCUUCACCUAGAGAUUAUUUCUGCAAAAAUGUAUUGUAAAAAUAAUUUUGUGGCAUAUUUUUGGUCCCCCCCUUUUUUUUUCAAAUGAACCAGUUAUACUUUAUUUGGUCUCAAAUUUCAGAAAACAUAACUGUCCCCGUAAGCAAGUAUUGCCAGAAUUAACCUCAUUGCUUAAGAGGCCAACUUCUGGAAGAAGUAGGAGCCAUGACUUACUGUGGCAUAAGCCAAAUAUGACUUGGUUUCCUUGACAACUUUGGUAUUUUAAAGUGACAAAAGUUAUUUAUUUGAGUGCACAAACAGCUGACACGCUACAAAGCAUUUCUAACACAAAACGUACAGGUUUAUGGUGUUUUUUCCCUUCCUCUUCCUCCUCUCCUCCUUAAAUUGCUCCUUAUUUUAAAUCGAAGCUUACGUUUCCAUAAACCUUCCUCUGUUUCCCUGCUUUGUGUUCCUCUAGCAGUGCUUGGUCUGCUGAAGCUCUCUGUGCCACUGUGCAAACCGUCCUUUGCCACCCACCCUCAUGAGCCUCCUGGUUUGCUGGCGGCAUGACUGCAAAGCACUUUGAACUAUGCUUGAGAUUUUAGUUACUCUUUCAUGGUGUCUGUAAUACCCUAGGGCUUUGGAGUUGUUUGUUUGUUUUUGUUUUUAAACCACAAGUGAGAGCUGUUUGUUUCCUGUCUUUGUUUCACCCGUGCUGGGCUUCUCCUGGCCACGCGUCCAUUGCAGGCAGUGGACUGAAACCACCAGCAUCGAGCUAACCCUGUUCACACUGGGACCUUUCUCGGAGGGGCCGCUUGCCAUUCCCUGAGUCACAGGUACAGAAGGGUGGUAGUAGCCAUUAUGUGGAUGAGAAACCAGAGCCAACACAGCAGUAGUUGUGAGUUUGUACCUUAUGUCUUACGUUUAAGGUUUGCAUCUGCUUGCUUGCUUGCCUUGCCCCUCGUGCAGAAGUACACAGUUAACAGGUUUCCCCAACCAUGUGGUGCUAUGACUCACUCGGUCCCUGAAGUCUGUGAAAACACAUCUAAGAUUUAACCCAGGAAAGAGCUAAUGGCUGGUUUGCUGGGUAAAUGGUAUAGAGGGAUCCGUGCCUGCCCAGGCAGGUGAUGGCUACAAGAUGGUGGGGUUAUUGGCCAAAAAAGAAAAGAGUCUUCUCCAUUCAGUGUGAACCUUUAAAUGGCAUUAAAUGAGCAGAGCACAGAGACAGUGCUACCCUGACCGCUGUUUCACAGUUCCUUUUCAAAGUGUUGCUAUUUUCAUAUAUUUCUUUCCCUGAUUGAACCACCAAAGACAGAAAUGUUAUAUGUAUAUAUCGUGUGCGUGCAUAUGCAAAAUCAUGAUGUGGUGGAAUGCAAAUACUUGCCUUUUUCUACCAAAUAAUGAGGUUUGGUUUGCUGUGAAAUAAAUCAGAAGUUUAAAAAGACCAACAACCCGAUAUUGCUUUAGCAUAACCAUCCUUUGUCUGUAGUCUCACUUAUGAAUUAGUAUAUGAACACAAUGUAAACUUCUUGGAAAAAACCACAGCUUUUGAGACUGCUCUAUGAAAGGCAUUCCAGUGCAUACAGGUGUGUGGCGCUGGGGACUGCUAAGACAGGCACAGCUCUGCAGAGGAGGAUCCCUUUUCAGGUGGUCCCACGGUUAAAGAAUCAUUCUCUCAGGGUGACUGUUGUUGAGGUAGGUCAGCUGUCGAUUGUCUCGAUGCAAAGAAGGAUCAUAGAUGGGAUUGUUUUAAAUGCUGUGUGAGAAUCUAGAGAGUGUUUGAAACACUAAGCACAGUGAACCUGCGAGUAAAGGUGGUUACCAACAUGAGAAAUUCCAUUUUAUCUUCCGUGAACAUUUUGAUAAUAGAGACUCAAGUAAAAACCACCGUGAUGACUAGGAUGGAAGUCGGCAUUCCAGAGGGGAUGACCAAUAUUUACAACUCCAGAUAAUCUCUGAACUGCCUCAAGAAACAAACCACCGUGACUGUGGCUUGCCUUUGGAUUUCUCGAUUUUACAGAGCUAUUAUUAAGGGGACCCCUUUUCUUGAAGAAUCGCCAAGUUACGCAAGUUGAACGAUCAUCAAGAGCACUUAUGGCUACCAUUGGAAGAAGCCCGGGCGCCUUCGGUUCUCCAGUACCUGAGCCCCAGCCACCCUUCCUCCCUUCACUUGUGUUUCAGGGUGCGGCAACAUCCUCUUGUUGGGGAAUGCAGCUUGCAGCCGUUUACACUGCACUGGGUAGAAGUUAUCUAGCAAGAUGUGCUGGAUAGCCAUGGUAGCCUUUGGCGUGCCCCUUUUGAAGCAUGAACUCUUGUGUUCAGUCUUUCUAACUGAUUAGACAAACCUCUAGAUUCUGGUUUAACAGAUUUCUGCUGCCUCUGUCUCCAUCCUAACCAUACUUUUGAAGUUUAUACAGAAAGCUUUAAGAGUUUAGUUUGUGCCCUUGGUUUUUAUUUUUACAACUGCUAAAAUACCUCUGUAAGCCUUAUCCUUUAUCCUUUCAUAGUUGUAUAAAAUUGUAUAGAAUUCAUUCACCAACUGAAAUGUUGGAUAUCUGUAAAUGAGACCAAAAUGUGGGUUGCUUUUUUUCAUAAAAUAAUUUCUAUUGGGCGUUGCUGUGACAUGAACAGCAGCCAGCCUAUUAACUGUGAAUGCCUUGUGUCGUCAGUAUUUGCAUUACAUUCAUAAAAGUGUGCAAGUCCUGUGACUCCCAGCUUAACUAAAUACUGUUAUGCCACUUAACGAGCACAGCAAACUGGUUUAAGUUUCAAUGAAAUUGAUGUAAAAUGAUAGCCCAUAAAUAAACAGAUAUUUGUGUUUG